AUGGAAUUGUUUGUAAACAAAACGAACACAGAAGACCUGGAGAGCACAGGCGUAGGAGAUUUUUUGUUAGGAGCAGAGCCUCGAGCUAUUUUCGAAAUUGUCAACUACGUUUUUCUCUGCAACAUUUUCGCCGUGUUUGGUAUCAUCUCCAACAUCAUCAACAUCAUCGUCUUCUACAAGCAGGGUCUGACCAGCAGCAUCAACAUCAGUUUCUUAAGCCUGGCGAUCUCAGACCUCUGUAGUCUUAUAACGCUGCUCUGGUUCAACAUCUGCGCCAACCCUUUGUUUGUCAACUCCGGCGUUACCAUGGUGCCUUCAGAAGUCCAGCACCUGACAGGUGGGUUCCCCCACGCCUGCUUUGCCCGUAUCACCUGCCUGAUCACCACAUACGUCACAGCCGAGCGUUGCCUGUGCAUCACCUUGCCUUUAAAGAUCAAACAAAUCAUCACCCCCAAACGUGCUGCAUUUAUUAUCUUCUUCAUCUAUAUAUUUAUGAUAGCGUCUUUGUUACCAGAGUAUGCUACAAUGUAUAUCGACUGGAAGUUUUACCCGGAGAAAAACAGAACCCUACUCGGUCUCGUCCCCACACCAGACCAUAACAAAGUCUCAGGACUAACUUUUCUCUUAUACGCCGUGUACAUACUUGUAUCGUUUUCCGCGUUGAUUAUAUUUACGAUUACUCUAAUAGUUAAAUUACGUGCUAAAACGAAGUGGAGAAAAGAAUCGAUACAAGAAAACAAACAGUCCGAUUCUCUGUCCAGCCGAGACCAGAAAACCAUCAACAUGGUCAUUGUGAUAGCCAGUGUCCUGAUCGUCUGCUACACGCCUUCUGUCGUGCUGAGCGCUGCAGGGUUCAUAGUCCCAGGGUUCUUUGUCGUGGGGAGGUUCUCAAACCUGUUCUUUGCCACCUGGUCGUUUGGUUUUGUCUUGGACUCGUUCAACUCCAGUAUCAGCAUGCUGCUCUACUACAGGAUGAGUUCUAAAUAUAGAACUACUUUUCAUGAUUUGUUUGGCUUCUGCAUCUCAAAAAAUCGGCUAGAAAAUUAA